UUAAGGUAAUAAAAACUAUCGAAAAGGGUAGCUUGGGAUAUAUAACUUCCCUUUCGCAAGCUGGUGUAGCGUUGCUAGGGUUAGGAGACGCCGGCGCCUUCGCAUCGCCUAGCUAAGAGUUUUCAUCGAAGAUUUUCGCAAUGCCGAAGCAGAUCAACGAGAUCAAGGAUUUCCUUCUUACGGCUAGAAGGAAGGAUGCUCGUUCUGUUAAGAUCAAAAGAAGCAAGGGUGUUGUGAAGUUCAAGGUUAGAUGCUCGAGGUAUCUUUACACUUUGUGUGUGUUUGACUCUGAGAAGGCUGAUAAGCUCAAGCAAUCUCUUCCCCCAGGUUUGAGCGUGCAGGAUCUGUAAGGAUGAGUCUAUCAUCUUACUUUCUAGUUAACAUCUGGCAGAAGUUUUAAGUUUUCCUUGUCAUGUUCCUGUUUCCUUUUCAAUGGAGUUGUAAAACUUAUAUUCGUCUUUUUUGCAAUGAGACCUUGGUUUAUUCUUCAUCCACCCAAUCAUGCUGAACUCAUAGAUCACAGUCCUACUAUGCUUUGCUUAGAGACUAUCUGUUUCAAAUUGUUUUAAUGAGAUUCUCCUAUGGUUUUUGUUUA